GGUGGCGCCGUCGAGUCUGCUCCCGGAAGCAGCGGAAAGAGCCGCCGCAAUAGCAGCCGCCGCCGCCGCCGCUGCUGUUUGGACAAUGAGGCCGGCAGUGGGCUUAGGCAACGGCGGCGGCUGCUGAGCUCGGCCCGCGGCCGCUGGCAAGAGAGGUGGCACCGGCGGGCCGCAGGGUGAUGGUGGCCGGCGGGCCAUGCUGCUGAAGCUCCUGCAGAGACAGACCUAUACCUGCCUGUCGCACAGGUAUGGGCCCUGCCUCUGCCUCGGAGGCAUCGUCCUCAUGAUCGUCUCUGCGCUGCAAUUCGGAGAGGUCGUUCUAGAGUGGAGUCGGGACCAGUAUCAUGUUUUGUUUGACUCAUACAGAGACAAUGUUGCUGGGAAAUCAUUUCAGAACAGACUUUGCUUGCCCAUGCCUAUUGAUGUGGUGUAUACCUGGGUGAAUGGCACAGAUAUCGAGCUGAUGAAAGAACUGCAACAGGUGAGGAAACAGAUGGAGGAAGAACAGAGAAUAAUGAGGGAAAUGCUUGGAAAAAAUGUAACUGAACCAACUAAGAAAAGUGAGAAGCAACUGGAGUGUUUACUGACACAUUGCAUCAAAGUGCCAAUGCUUGUCUUGGACCCUGCUUUGCCGAGCAACAUCACUUUAAAGGAUCUGCCAUCUGUCUAUCCUCUGUUACGAGCUGCCAACAAUAUCUUCUCUGUUGCAAAGCCAAAAAAUCCCUCUACCAAUGUUACUGUCAUUGUUUUUGACAGCCCUAAAGAAGCUGAAGACUCCCUUUCUGGAAUGUUAAAGGAGACCAGCAGGCAAGCAGUGUGGAGAGGCUAUUUGACUACAGACAAAGAAGUUCCUGGGCUAGUGUUAAUGCAAGACUUGGUUUUCCUCAAGGGAUUUCCCCCUACAUUUAAAGAAACAAAUCAGCUACGAGCAAAACUCCCAGAAAAUCUUGCUUCCAAGAUAAAGCAGUUGCAGCUUUAUUCAGAAGCCAGUGUAGCUCUCUUGCAGCUGAAUAACCCUAAGGAUUUCCAGGAGCUGAACAAGCAAGCUAAGAAAAACAUGACUAUAGAAGGGAAAGAACUAACACUCAAUCCUUCAUAUUUAUUAUGGGACCUCAGUGCCAUCAGCCAGUCUAAGCAGGAUGAAGAUAUUUCAGCCAGCCGUUUUGAGGACAACGAAGAGCUGCGGUACUCAUUGCGAUCAAUAGAGAGGCAUGCACCGUGGGUCCGGCACAUUUUCAUAGUCACUAAUGGACAGAUUCCUUCCUGGCUCAAUUUGGAUAAUCCUCGGAUAACUAUAGUAACACAUCAGGAUAUAUUUCAGAAUUUGAGUCACUUGCCUACCUUUAGUUCCCCUGCCAUUGAAAGCCACAUUCACCGCAUUGCAGGAUUGUCCCAGAAGUUCAUUUAUCUAAAUGAUGAUGUGAUGUUUGGGAAAGAUGUAUGGCCUGAUGACUUCUAUAGUCACUCCAAAGGUCAAAAGGUUUAUUUGACUUGGCCAGUGCCAAACUGUGCUGAGGGAUGUCCUGGAUCAUGGAUUAAAGAUGGCUAUUGUGAUAAAGCCUGUAACAAUUCUGCAUGUGAUUGGGAUGGAGGCGAUUGCAUUGGCAACAGUGUGGGUAACCGUUAUGGAGGUGGUGGUGGAGCAGCUGGAGGGGCGGGGAAUGUCCCACCCUGGCAAUUCGGUGCAGGAAUAACCGGAGUCUCCUACUGUAACCAAGGCUGUGCAAAUUCAUGGCUGGCUGAUAAAUUCUGUGAUCAGGCAUGCAACGUCCUUUCUUGUGGUUUUGAUGCUGGUGACUGUGGACAAGAUCACUUUGAUGAAUUGUACAAGGUAACUCUUCAAAGGAAUCGGACCCAUUAUGUUAUUCCAAAAGGCAAAUACCUGCCUUAUUUCAACUUUGCUGAAAUAGCAAAGAAAGGACUUGAGGGUGCAUAUAGUGAUAACCCAAUAAUCCGCCAUGCCUCCAUUGCUAACAAAUGGAAGACUAUCCACCUGAUAAUGCACAGUGGGAUGAAUGCAACUGUAAUCCAUUUUAAUCUUACAUUUCAAAGUAAAGAUGAUGAAGAGUUUAAGAUGCAGAUAAUGUUGGAGGUCGAUACGAGAGAGGAACCAAAAACCAAUACAACUUCCACCCCGAAAGCUGAGGAUGAUGUGAAAGCUACAACUUCAGUGCCAGAAGCUGAAAUGAUAUUUGAGGAUAUUCCUGAAGAAGAACGUUUUCCAAGAAUUAAGAGGCGUCGAAAUGGUACAACAGAGAAUCUGGAUGGAGAUGUUGCAAUUCAACUAGUUAACAUGUCUGCCCUUCCUGAAGAUGUGAAGCUUGCUCUGCAGAACCUAGACUUGCAGCUAGCAGUUGGCGACAUCACUUGGAAAGGGUACAAUCUGUCUAAGGCUGCCCUCUUGAAACCCUUCCAAAUGCCGCCUGCAGCAACAAAGACUGCCAUCGGCAAUUCCCAGAACACAAAGGAGGAGGAAGAACAUAAUGGCUUGACUGGUAGGAAGAACCUCACUGUUGGGCGCAAAUCUUCCAAUAAUGGCAAAACAGAAGUUGAAGAAAGAACUCACGGAGCGUUUCCACUGGAAUUUGCACCUACUUCUGUGGCAAUGAAAGUGAACAGUGAUUUUCCACUAACACACAGCUCUGCAUUAACAUCCAAAUCCACCCGUGUACUCCAGAAUGCAGCUGAUAGAUAUGAAUCUCGGGAGAAAAUCUUGAAUGCCCUCCUGCAGAAGGAAACUGGGAAAUCAAAAGAAAUUAAGAAAGAGAAAAUUGUGGAGGAGGAGAAAGGAUAUGUGGGUAUCAAUCCAUUGCAUGUUGAGGAAGAUCUAGAAGGAGGUCCAGCCUUACCAAGAAGGAAGCUGCAAUAUUUCACUGGAAAUUAUCGAGGCUUUUUGCCUUGGGAGAAACACAAAUAUUUCCAAGACCUUCUUGAUGAAGAAGAGGCAUUACGGAAGGAGAUGGCUUAUUUUACAGAUAGUAAACUGGUUGGGAGGCAGCUGAAAGAUACAUUUGCUGAUUCUCUCCGAUACGUCAACAAGCUUCUAAAUGGCAAAUUUGGAUUCACAUCUCGGAAAGUCCCUGCACAUAUGCCUCAUAUGAUUGAUCGAAAAGUGAUGCAAGAAUUGCAGGAUAUAUUUCCUGAAGAAUUUGACAAGACCUCGUUUCAUAAAGUACGCCAUUCUGAAGAUAUGCAGUUUGCCUUUUCAUAUUUCUACUAUCUCAUGAGUGCAGUUCAGCCACUGAAUAUUUCCCAGGUUUUUGAUGAAGUUGAUACAGAUCAAUCUGGCAUUUUAUCUGACCGGGAGAUACGUACAUUGGCUACAAGAAUUCAUGAACUGCCUUUAAGUUUACAGGAUUUGACAGGUCUGGAGCAAAUGUUAAUAAAUUGUUCUAAAUCCCUUCCAGUCAACAUCACUCAUAUUAAUAUCAUACCACCAACUCAGGAAGCAUAUUAUGAUCCCAAUCUGCCUCCAGUGACUAAAAAUCUACUCACCAACUGUAAGCUUGUGACUGAUAGAAUUCGUAAAGCAUACAAAGACAAAAACAAAUACAGGUUUGAAAUCAUGGGAGAGGAGGAAGUUGCCUUCAAAAUGAUCCGCACCAAUGUCUCUCAUGUAGUUGGACAGCUUGAUGACAUUCGAAAAAAUCCCAGAAAAUUUGUUUGUCUCAAUGACAACAUUGAUCACAAUCAUAAGGAUGCUCAGACAGUAAAGGCAGUGCUUCGGGAUUUUUAUGAAUCGUUGUUUCCCAUACCAUCGCAAUUUGAGCUGCCAAGAGAAUAUCGUAACCGUUUCCUUCAUACACAUGAGCUUCAGGAAUGGAGGGCCUACAGAGACAAGCUGAAAUUUUGGACACACUGCGUCCUAGUGACAUUGAUUGUGUUCACGGUCACCUCAUUUUUUGCUGAGCAGCUAAUAGCCCUCAAAAGAAAAAUAUUUCCAAGGAGGAGGAUUCAAAAAGAAGCCUGUCAUGAACGAAUGAAGGUGUAGAAGAAUUUUGUUUGUAAAUCAGUCUACCUCAACAUGUGAUGAACAUGUGAAAUGUUUUGUUUCAGAAGUGUCUUGAUAGUUGUGUGCUGGGCAGAAUCAGAAGUGCCCACGUCCAUUUUAGCCUUCGCGACACUGUGUAUGACACCCAUGCUACUGAACUUACAGAGAGUGUGAGGAAGGGAGUGUGUUGCUAGCUCUCAGAUGGUUGCAGUUCACAAUCAUUGUCUCCUGAGUGCAUUAUCCUUUUUAUAAAAAGGGUUUCUGAAAGGAACAUAGCUGCAUUUGUUGCAGUAGAUCUUGCCAACUAAAUAUGAUGUUGGAAAGUCAAACUCUUCGGCCUCGGUUAGGUCUGUCCCUGACUCUUCAUCCUGAGGCAUUCUGUGAGGAGUUGACCUUCAGUCAGUACCUUCCUCCUUUUAUGCCACUUUUCACAGAACAAUGAAGUGCACCUGCUUGGACUGCAGUUGUGCCCCCUGAGUGCGUGGAGAGCAUGGAGUUGUGCUCUGUAACUAUUCUUCUCUCUGCUACUGCUCUUGAGGCUUGUUGCUCAGUCCCAACUGGUGAGAAUUGACUGGUUGCAACAGGAACGUCUCGCAUGUUUGCUUAAGAAGUAUCUGGCAUUUCAUUCUUCCUGGCCUACAGGCUAUGCUGGAGAAGCAGGAAGAGAGCUGUCUGUCCAGGCCCUGAGAAAGAAUUGAGCUUCCAGAUGCUCCUAGGUAACCACAAGAAGCGCUCUCAAAUGAAUUGCCUGGAUGAAUUGGGGUGCAGAAGCAUCACAGCGGGUUGACAAGGCAGGGCAUAGUCUUAAUGUACCUCUAUGGGAGCUGCUGUGCAUUCUGUUCUCCACGCUCUCAGGGACAGAAUUGUGACCUUGGCCUUUGUUUUCCAUUUAGGUACCACUUACACUUACUAAAGUAUAUAUAGUUUGUAUGUAAUACUGACUGCAGGGUGUUCUGAAUGAAGGACUGGGAAGAUAACACUCUAUUGCUACAUUAUUCCACUCAAUAAUGAAAAAUAGUACUUAAAGAAAUUGUAUUAGAUUUCCCAGUGUAAUGCCUUUUGUUGAUCAAAAUGUCAAUUGCAGCUCCACCUAUUGCAUUAAAUUUCUGAGAACAAUGUGGUAAUAUUUGUAUGCCUAAUUAAAACUGAGGGCUAAUAAUCAAGUAAAAGGGAUUUGGAUGUAGCUAUUAUUUUUACAAGCAUUGUAUAUUUAGCAGCAAAAGUGCCUCGCCAUAUAAGUUGUCAAUACAUUAUAUUGUGUUAAUGGUUCAAGUGUAUUAGCAUGAUACACAGUAACUUCUCAUGUCAAGCAUUAAUGUUCAGAAAUUGAGACGAGUUCUGAUGAUCUACCUUAUUUUGUCAAGACAAAUAACAAAACAAGAAAAGAGAGAGGACACUUUUCAAGCAGAUAUUUUUGAAAGAAUACCUUCAAUCAUGAGAUUAACAAAUUUAGACUUUAGAUGAUAUCAAUAAUUUUAUAAUGAAGAGAUGAGAUAUAUGUGCUGUAAAAUGUAUGUUUUCUUUUUAAUAGAUAAUGUUCAUGAUUUAAAAAUGUGUGCAUGCUAAAGAGGAAAAAUGAUCAGCUGUUUAAGGGUCUGGGUACUGAAUGUUUUAACUAGAAUGCAAAGGCACCUUAUUCUUGUGCAGAUACCCAAUUUUAAAUUAAAGUUCAGCUUCUUUAAAAUUCCA